AUGUCCGCUUCCGCACCGAGCCAGCAGGGCAAUCUCGACAGAUACGUGGUGAUCCAUGUGGCCACCACCUGCGACGAGCACGGCGUAUACGUGACGAAAGAUUCUGCAGAGGUGAUAGAGCUUGGCUGGAUACUUCUGGAUGCCAAAUCCUGCGAAGAGUUGCAUCGGGAGAGCGUCUUGGUCAAGCCCAUCAAUACCCCUAUUACACCACUCUGCACGAGCCUCACGACAUUGACUUGGGAGCACGUCCGCAACGCUGGAACUUUCCGCGAUGCGAUCAACCGAUUCGACGCUUUUGCCAGCGAGCACCUCACCUCCCAGAGCCUCGACUUCUCUUUCGUAACACUCGACUCGUGGGAUCUCCGAGUUCAGCUUCCCCGUGAAGCCCGCGACAAGGCCGUGGUGCUCCCACCGUAUCUCCAGCACUCCCGAACUUUCGAUCUGAGGACCGAGUACCAGCGCUGGCAGCAACAUCACCCCGAGUCUCUGCCAUUCGGGCCAUCGAUGCUGUCCAACAUCUGUGCUGCGCUCGAGGUGGAACCGGUACAAGCCAGUGCACCCAUCAAGCACAACCUGCCAUUCCACUUGCAAGCUCUGGCGCCUGCCUCGCCCCGCAGAGCCAUGGAGGAGGCAAUCACCCUGACAAGAGUUCUCCGAGGCCUGAUUCGCAAGUCUCAACCGGCCCACGAGCAUCCGGAUGUUUUGACGAGGCCGAUGGAUGCCCGUGCCGACGUGCGAGCAUUCUUGUCUGAACGCAGCAAAGUCUUGCACAUGGCUGGUCUCCCCCACGAUACCACUCAAUCGGAGCUGGAGAGCUGGUUCACCCAGUUUGGAGGCCGCCCCAUUGCCUUUUGGACUCUACGGACCCCAGACCAGCACAAACCUACCGGAUCCGGCUUUGCCGUUUUCUCAUCCCACGAAGAGGCCGCAGAAAGUUUGUGCAUGAAUGGCCGAGCCUUGAAUGAGAAGGCGAUCGAGGUGUCCCCCUCUUCUAGCCGUGUUCUUGACCGAGCUGCAGAAAUCUUGACCCCCUUCCCUCCUAGCAAGAACCGACCUCGCCCUGGAGACUGGACCUGCCCAUCGUGUGGAUUCUCCAACUUCCAGCGUCGUACCGCAUGUUUCCGAUGCUCUUUCCCCGCUAUGAGCGCUGGCCCGAGUGGAGAUUCCAUGGGGGGCUACGGUGGCGGCUAUGGAUACGGCCCCCCAGCCAUGAUGCCCCCUCCCCAGCACAUGGGUCAUCACGGCGGUAUGGGUGGCGGCCACGGCGGCGGCGGAAGAAUGGGUGGGGGUGGGGGUGUUGUUCCUUUCCGGGCUGGGGAUUGGAAGUGUGGCUCCGAAGGCUGCGGAUAUCACAACUUUGCGAAGAACGUCAGUUGUCUCCGUUGUGGUGCCUCCCGAGCAGGUGCGGCUGUCGUGGCUGAUUCGGGUUAUCCUUCUCCAAUGGACACUCCUUCCAACUAUGGCGGAAUGGGUCCGGGUUCCAUGGCAGGGACUCCUGGCCCUGGUCCUUUCACAUCGGCUGCCGGCGGUGGAUUCAGCUCGGGUGGCGGAUACGGUAACCAGCACUAUGGUGGUCCCCAGAGCACGUACGCUCUCCCGUCUGGACUCGGUGCGUCCACUGGUCCAUACCCUGGAUCCCUCAACACCCAUUUCAGCUCAGCUGGUGCGAGCUCUCACUCCGCUGGACCGUUUGACAGCCGUGCUGCCGAAGCUGCUUUCCAGUCCGCCAGCAACGGACCAGCUUCCGCUGGACCAGGGAAUAACUUUUACUCCAGCCAGAGCGAGAGCGAUCCAUUCGCCUUUCUCUCGACUGGGAUGAGCAACAUGUCGAUGGGUAGCGGUGACGCUCGCCAGAACAGUGGCAGCGCUAACCUUCCUCCAAGCAAGUCUCCUGGAGCUCAAUAA